AUGACGUGUACGUCCGUCCAGCGCAAUGGCGAGCGAUGCACUUCGCCCGUCGCGGGCCCCGGCGCCAGCAUGUGCGCCCACCACGAACGCCUCGCCCGCCUACUCGCCUUGGCGCCCAAGAAGCCGGCCUCGCCACCGCCGUCCGCAGCAUCCGUACCGACGACGAGCGGGCCAUCGACCUUGCGCGCCGCCGCGCCGCCGCUCGAUGCGUCGCUCUCAGUAGCGCUCCCCGGUGAGCUCAAGCUUGCGUCUCAUGCCUGCAACUUUGAAGUGUAUCCAAGCUACAGCAAGACGUCAGGUGUCUCGGGGACGCUGAUUCUUACCAACUACCGCCUGCGCUUUGAGCCGACGCAGACCAUGUCCAACGCGGCCCACCCAAUGCUGAUGGUGGCCAUGAACGAAGGCAUGCCCACGGCCGCCGUUGCCAAGCUACUCUACCCGCAGAGCAAUGGUCAGUACGACAACCGCAAUGCAGCGCCGACCCAGCUCCUCGUUCAGUUUCGCAACCUGCGGACGUGGUGCCUCCGAGGCAACGUCCAAGAUCUCAUGCUCACGCUCAACCGGCACUGCUUUGGCAUCUCGGCUGCCAGCCUCUUUGCCUUUGCCCGCGGCAACAUGGACACGAGCGAUCUCAACGGUCAUGCGCUCUACGACAUUCGCGACGACUUUGCCGCCAUGGGCGUGCAGCUCGGGCACGGUCCGUUCCGGCUCACGGAGCUCAACCGCAACUUUACGCUCUGUCCGACGUACCCGGCGCUCUUUGCCGUGCCGUCCCGCAUGACGGACGCGCAGGUGGCGUCGGUCGCCGACUUUCGGUCCAAAGGGCGCAUGCCGCUGCUGUGCUGGGCGCACGCGAGCAACACGGCGAGUCUCUGGCGCUGCGCGCAGCCCAAGCGCGGCAUCUUCAACGCCCAGAGCAGCGACGACGAGCACAUGCUGCUGCUCAUCGCGCAGAGCAACCACGUCAACCAGCUCGUGUGGAUCGUCGACUGCCGCCCCGAGCUCAACGCGCGGGCCAACAACCUCAAGGGCGGCGGUACGGAGAGCGCGAGCAUUCGGCACGCGACCGUGACGUUCAUGGACAUUGCUAACAUCCACGCGAUGCGCGAGAGUCUCGAGAACGUCCGCGGUCUCCUCCAGUCGCUCAACCCCGACAUCGAUAUGACGUGGCACGCGCGCGUUGAGGAGACCAAGUGGCUCUUUCACAUUCGCCGUGUGCUCUCGACCGCCGUGCAGACCGCGCACGCGAUCCAUCGCUCGGCGCAGACUGUCGUCGUGCACUGCAGCGACGGCUGGGACCGCACCGCCCAGGUGUGUGCGCUCGCACAGCUCCUCUUGGACCCGCGCUAUCGGACGCUCGAGGGCUUGAUGCAGCUCAUCGAGAAGGAGUGGAUCAAGGCCGGGCACAAAUUUGAGGAUCGCAUCAGCGCCGGCAAGGCCGAGAACGACGAAAACUCGCCAGUGUUUCUCCAAUUUCUCGACUGCGUCUGGCAGCUGUGUCGGCAGUACCCCACGUACUUUGAGUUCAACCAUCGCGCGCUCAGCUGCAUCUUUGGCGCGACCAUCUCCGGGCGCUUUGGCACGUUUGUGGCCAACUGCGAGCGCGAGCGCCACCAGCUCAACGUGGCCGGCCGGACGCCGUCGCUCUGGAGCUACAUGCUCCUGUACCGAAGCGACUUUGUCAACCCGUUCUUCCGCGCGUAUGCGCCCGAACGCCAUAAGGGCGAGCUCGGCGCGCUCAUUCCGCCCCUCGCGACGCUCUUGCGCCGUGUGGUGCUCUGGGACGACCUCUACGACAACAUUCCAUCAUUGGGGAACCCGACGCCGCCGCUGCAUGCGACGCACCAUGUCGAGCCUGCGACGACCGCCAGUGACGAUCUUGCCGCCGCAUUCGACGCGGCCCAAGCCCGUAUCCGCGCGCUCGAAGCGCAGCUGCGGUCGUCGACGCCGCCGCAGUCCGAGCCCGCCCUUUCAUAUGCGGCGGCGCCCCAACCCCAGCCAGCAAUGCCGUACUCGGUACCGGCGCCCCGGUUCGAGCCGGUGAUGUCGUACUCGGUACCGGCGCCCCGGUCCGAGCCGUUGGAGUCGUACACGGCUCUCUUGGCGCCGCCCGCGCCCCAUUCGGCGCCACUGAGCGCGACGCUGACCAUGCCCGUCGCGUCGCAACCGUUGCCGGCUGCCGAGACCCUCUUUCCUGCGCACGAACUCUUCCCCGCGCCAGCGCUCUUCCCGACGCAAGUGACGGCGACAUUGGCGACCGAGAGUACGUGGAAGUGUCGCCUCUGCACCAAGAGCAACCCGGUCGGCGCGCCCAAGUGCAGCGUGUGCGGUCGUGCGCCGUGA